GAGAAUAGCACAGGCUCAGAGCAGCAUAUGAAAAAUAAAAAGAGAGAGAGAGAGGAUCGAGUGAUGGAGGGUCUGGGGCACCUGCUGCUGUUCGCCUUCCUCUUCUGGUUCUCCACCUUCAUGGUCGCACCGGUGAUGACCGACGUCACCAUGGCGGCGCUCUGCCCCGGCCGCGACGAGUGCUCCCUCGCCAUCUACCUCACCGGGCUCCAGCAGGCGGUUUCAGGGCUGGGGGCGCUGGUCCUGACGCCGGUGGUCGGCAACCUGUCCGACAGGUACGGCCGGAAGGCACUGCUGGCGCUGCCCGCCACGGCGUCCAUCGUUCCUCUCGGCAUCCUGGCGUACGGCCGGACCAAGGGUUACUUCUACGCGUACUACGUGACCAAGACGCUGACGGCGAUGGUCUGCGAAGGCACCAUGAUGACCCUCUCGCUUGCCUACGUGGCCGACAGGGUGCCGGAGACGAGGCGCGCGGCGGCCUUCGGCGUCUUCUCCGGCGUCUGCAGCGCCGGCUUCGUCGGCGGCACCGUGGCAGCCCGCUUCCUCCCCGUCUCAUCCACGUUUCAGGUCUCAGCGGUGGCAGCCGUCGCGACGGCCGUCUACAUGAAGGCCUUCCUCCAGGAGACGGACGGCGGAGCCUCCGUAUCCUCCUCUUCCUCCUCCUCCUCCGGCAGCGGCAGCGACGAGGAGGCGGCCUGCCGCCGGCCGCUCUGCCUCCCCUCCUCCAGCAGUAGCGAGGAGGCGGCGUCGCUGCCAAGGCUCCCGCCACUUCGGAAGGCGCCGUCGCUGUCGGAGAUUGCAGCCGCUCUUACCAGCAGCUCGACCUUCUGCUGUGCGGCCGUCGUCACGUUUUUCCACGGCCUCGGUGAGACGGGCCUACUGAGCGCACUACUGUACUUCCUCAAGGCGAAAUUCCACUACAGCAAGAACCAGUAUGCCAAUCUGCUACUUAUCAUCGGCAUCACAGGAAGCUUCUCGCAGCUAACUGUGAUGCCACUCCUAGUGCGAAAGCUAGGUGAGCAGAAGCUACUUGUCAUAUCACUAGUGGCGAGCUGCGGGCAGGCAUUCCUAUACAGCAUCUCAUGGUCGUCCUGGGUCCCAUAUCUUGCCGCAAGCAGUGUAAUAUUAAGCAUGCUGGUCACACCUUGUAUAAGAAGCAUCGUAUCAAAGAAAGUGGGACCUUUUGAACAGGGAAUGGUCCAAGGGUGCAUGACUGGAAUAAGCUCGACCGCAAGUGUCGUAUCUCCUCUAAUCUUUACUCCUCUCACAGCCUGGUGUCUAUCAGAAGCUACGCCUUUCUACUUAAAAGGUUUCAGCGUUGCCUGUGCUGGGUUUGCAACGCUGGUAGCGUUGGCGACGAGCAUAAGUAUGAGGCCAGCUGAAGUGCAGCCAGAUAGGAAAUAGAUGAGCUAUUGACCUCUGUUUUUAUGGGUAAAAGAAGGUAGAUACAUGCCUGUAAAUAGUAUUUACAUCCUACACUUAGUCUUCUACUACCAUUUACUAUUCAAUGUCAAAUGUAGUAGUAUUAUGUAAUUUCCUUGCCGGGCCACAUUAUUAGUUGAUCAACACUGGUCCUAACAUUUUGGAGGUCUGAGUGAAAACUAAUAUAGAGACCUCUCUCAUCUCUUUCUCUCUCU